AUGGAAAAGCCGGAAGUCAGUGAUUCGUUAUAUGUACCGGCUGGGCAAUUUUCAUUUUGCAUCCCACUUGCUGGUCUCUACAAAGUUACACUGGACGCUUGUCACAAAUUUGACAAGCCAUUCUAUGAACUAAGGAUACCCCAGGAUGUCCCGCUUGCAGCCAGUGCUACGAAAUUCAUGAUUUCUGCUUCAGUUGAACUAAACCCUGAGGAUUUGGCGUUUGAUGAUAUGGAAUUGCUCAUUAAAUCGUAUUCCGAUGAACAGAUAGUCCCGGUUACUUCAUCUUCAGCGAAUAAAUUGAUUUUUACUUCUUAUUUAUCGUAUCUGGAUACAGUUGCACCAAUUACGCUUGUGCCACAAUCAAAAACUUAUCUGUUUAAUCCAACAUCUCAUGCGAAUGUCAUUUGGAUGAGAUAA